AUGUACAAUCGGCUGGAGCAGCUUCCCGCCUCGCUGUCGUCCCUGCUGCGCCUCCAGUCCCUGCUGGCGGGCCACAACCUUCUGACGGAGCUGCCGCCCCUGCCGGACAGCCUGUCGCGCAUCGAUGUGUCCUACAACCGCCUGAAGGGCCUGGACGCCCACCACCUUCUGCGCCUCACAUUCCUGACCAGCCUGUGCGUGGCACCGCUCGCCGCCGGCGCCUCCGCCGCCGGCGACGCCGCCAGCGCCAAGCGGCUGCAGCGCGAGGCCGCGGCGCGGCUCAAUGUGUUGUCCUCCGUCCUCCAGAACUCGCCCUCGGCCGACCUGUCGGCCAAGAACCUGGGUGACGAGGGCGCCGCGUACGUGGUGGAGGCGCUGGCCUUCAACACGACAUGCGUGGCCGCCAACCUCGCCAACAACGGCAUCGGCCGUGUGGGCAUCGCGCAGCUCUGCGAGGUGCUGCCCACCUGCCGCCUAGAGACGCUGGUGCUGGCGACCAACAGCGUCGGCGACGACGGCGCGGAGCUGCUGGGGGCCAAGCUGAGCGGCAACGCGUCCCUUCAGGCGCUGGACCUGGGCAGCAACGGGAUCGGGGACGCAGGGGCGGCAGCCUUGGGGGAGGGGCUCAAGCUCAACACCACCCUCUUGAAGCUGGAUCUCAGUGGUAACGCCGUCGACGUGAAGGGCGCAGAGGCCCUGGCUGACAUGCUGGCAGUCAACCAGACCCUCACGCGGCUGGCCCUGAAUGACAAUUACAUCGGGACAGACGGCGCCAAGGCGCUGGCGGCGGCGCUCAUGGGCAACAGCAGCAUCAGGGAGCUGCAGCUGCGAGGCAACGAGCUGGGCGACGCGGGGGUGCAGGCCAUUGCAGAGGCACUCAUGGCGCGCGAGGCCCCCAUUGAGGUGCUGGACCUGGGCAACAACAGCCUCACCUCUGAGAGCUCAGACGUGCUGGCGCGGCUGCUGUUCAACAAGCCCAACCUGAGGGAUGUCAACCUGUACAUGAACGAGCUCGGGAACGACGGCGCCGCGCGGCUCGCCCCAGCGCUGGCGGCCUGCAAGGAGCUGUCCACCCUGGACCUAGGCGGCAACGACAUCGGCCCCGAGGGUGCUGCCGCCCUGGGCUCUGCCCUUGGCGGCCACCCAGUCCUGAAGAGCGUGGAGCUGGGCUACAACCCCCUUGGGCCAGAGGGGGCCGAGACCAUUGCCAACACGUUCAAGUUCAACACCAAGGUUGAGACGCUGAAGCUGGGUUGGUGCAAGAUCGGCGGAGGCCCCGGGGCCAGGGCCCUGGCGGACCUCAUCAUGUACAACACAACACUGGCGCAGCUGGACCUGCGUGGCAAUGCUCUGGGCAACGACGGGGCCAUCCUCAUCGGCCGCGGGCUGCGCGCCCACGAGAACAAGCGGCUGGCUGAGCUGGACCUGGGGUACAACGAGAUCAAGGACGACGGGGCCUGCGCGCUGGCACAGGCGCUCAAGGCCAACGCGGAGGGCGCUGUCAAGGAGCUGCGGCUCAACGCCAACUACAUCACUCGAUUCGGCCAGGUGGCGCUGAGUGAGGCGGUGGACAUGGUGUAUGAGAUGGCUGGGGGCCGCACCACCACUGUCAGCUUCUGA